UCUGCCAACCCCUGCGCAUGCGCAGCCCCGCGCGUCGGCAGCUCAGGAUGGCCCGCACUAUGGAACCACUGGCAAAGAAGAUCUUUAAAGGAGUUUUAGUAGCUGAACUUUUCGGCAUUUUUGGAGCAUAUUUUUUGUUUACUAAGAUGAAUACAAGCCAAGAUUUCAGGCAAACGAUGAGCAAGAAAUUCCCUUUCAUCUUGGAAGUUUAUUACAAAUCCAUUGAACAGUCUGGAAUGUAUGGAAUCAGAGAGCAAGAUCAAGAAAAAUGGUUGAACAGCAAGAGUUAGGACCAGUCAUCGCGUUCAGCCUCCCAUCUAAGCUGUUUGAGACCUUUGAGGGGGAAAGAAAGAUGAGCACAGCACUUGUAGACUCUUGGUGCCACCACAGAACAUCUACUGAGAAACAGGAACUUCUGGUCUGCCACGGCCUACAGUCCUUUACCAUCCACAUGCAAAUCCCCUGCUUGUGUGUUGCUUUCCUUCUGUAUUUACUGUCAAAGAUUACUGUUUUACAAAUAAAAAGGACUAGAACAGGAAAGGAACAAAUGGUCUAAGGGUUUUAUUUACUUUUAUUGUUUAAAGAACAGAAGCCAGUAACUAUCAAUAUCAGAAAUAAUGAAAAGGCCUAUGAAGCGCUUAUAAAGUUACUCAGCAACCCCCUACUACAGAAACACAGCCUGCCUCUCUCAAACAACUGGAGUGACUUUUGUAAGCUGUAGUCCUUUUUGCUGUAGCCUAGUUUUUAAUCCUAUAAGCUUCCUAGACAGAGAGAUGAAAAAGCCAUUCCUUCUGAGUUGUAAGGAACUGUUUAACCUGCUCUUACUGUAUGAAGGGCCUCCAAAAAUAUUUAUAUCUUCAGAAGUUCUAAGUUAAGACUAUUUUAAAACCUCAAUAAAAA